GCAAAAAAAUCCCACGGUGAUAAAUCGAUUGUUCACGGGUAUUCGCGAUCCUUGUCAUUUGAGCUGCUGCGCGGCUGGACCCGAAGCCUCCGAGGUGUCAAAGAGGAGUGCGAGAAGGAAAUUGAGAGAUUCGAAAGGAAAGACGAAAGAUCAAGGGGAAAUGAAAAGGAAAACCCAGGUGGGAAAAAAGAGCGGAAGAAGUAGAAGGAUAAAAAAUCCGUGGGUCUACGGAGGAAAGAAAAGAUCCGACUGAGUUGGGCGGGAGAACCGAAGGACUGGAAAUAGUGGGACUGGACGAGCAGCGAACCAAUGAACCAAUGAGACAAUGGGACAACGAGACAAUGAGAAAGAGGAAUCUGGGCUCCGGAGGAUUGGCGACAUCGCGGCCAAGCUGGACUAAGCCUCCCGAAUGGUUAACACCGACGUCGCCGAGCAGAGUCAGGACAUUCGUUCUUCUGGACUCACCGAAGAGACACGCGAAAGCGCAGCGAUUGCCAAAACGUUCGAUCGCUAAGGUACACGGCGCGCAAAAUUCCAGUUGUCUCGUAAUGUCUUGGGUUCCGCCAAAUUUGGCAGAAUUAUGCUCAGCCCACACGACAGUCUCCAGCUGCCAGCCGGCAUCCUACAUGUUCCUGGCGAUCGUAGCCAAACUUCUGGGCAAGUCGAGAGACGGUCGCAUGGGCCAUUCGAAAAAGUUGUCCUCGUCGUUGUAUUCGCCGCUCAGGAAUCUCGACUACGGUCGAAAAUUGUCGACGAACGCGCAGAGCAACAAGGCGGCCGACGUCGACGCCACAAAUCCGUACGCUUAUUACAUGUCGACGUUUGGGCUCCCAGCCUCGGGUCAAAGGGCGAAUCUCCAGCCAGUCACCUCUGGCAGCCAUUUCGACCAUGGUCGCAGCUCGAGUAGUCCUGUGAGGAGGUUCCGGGUCGGGACGCAAAGUCAGGAGCCCACCGACGCCGGACGCGGAGCGCCGCUCGUUGGCGAAUACUCGAGUUACUAUACGACGGAGUCCAGUUUGUCGCAACCAGUCGGAAUCGAAGAACGGGACGGAUACGAGGAUAGAGAAAAUGACGACUACAAUUACGAAUCAAGGAGCGCGAAUUACGAGACGCCUGAGGAUCCUGUGAUUUAUCGAGAAAUGGCCUCGUUCCUACUGGGAAAUUCCGAGGACUCGAUGCCCCUGUAUCCUCCACUUUCCUACGGGGAGGAACCGAACGACGAUCUGGCAGAGGUCAAGCCUGACGGGCGACGAGUCGCUGCUUCUGGACGCGGCCAGGAUCAGCCUGACGUCAUCCCUGUUGUCGAACGGCUCGAGGAAAUCUCCGACUCGGGUUUCGGUACUGGUUUCGCCAUUUAUGACAACUGGAAGAAGAACAUUGGCCAAACGAGCGAACGCCUGCGGAAGCUGGACGUCGAGGACGUCGAGGACGUCCAGGGCGCCUACUCCGAGAAUAAUUUACUUUCGUUGUCCACGGCUGCUAUUGAACUGACUCAGGCUCUUUUCCCGAAGCAGCAAGGCUUCUUGCCCAAGGAGUUCGACUUCGUUAUCGUCGGCGCCGGUUCCGCCGGUUGCGUCUUGGCCAAUCGGCUGUCCGAAAUUAAAAAGUGGAAGAUAUUACUACUGGAGGCCGGUAUAGAAGAACCCGAGGUUGCCGAUGUACCGGCAUUCGCUUCGAUGCUUCAGGCCAGCAACAUCGACUGGAAGUAUCGAACGCAACCGGAGAAGCACUCGUGUCGAUCGAGACGCGGGAAGACCUGUCCCUGGGCUCGGGGCAAGGUAAUGGGAGGCUCCAGUACGAUCAAUUAUAUGAUCUAUAUACGUGGAAACCGGAAGGAUUACGACGAUUGGGCGCAGCAGGGAAACGACGGCUGGAGCUACGAUCACGUCCUCCCGUACUUCCUCAAGUCGGAGAACAACGAGGAUCACGACAUCCUAAAGGAGAAUCCGCACUACCACAGCAAGGGUGGUUAUCAGAACGUCGAGCGGUUCCCGUACGACGAUAAGAACGCGGACAUCUUGAUCGACGCUUGGAAGGAACUGGGCUACAGGGAAGUGGACUCCAAUGCCGAGGAGCAGCUGGGAGUGAUGAAGCUGCAAUCGACGUCGAUCCACGGGAGUAGGCAGAGCACGAACGGCGCCUUCAUAAGGCCGAUCAGAUACAAGAGAGAGAAUCUGGUGAUCGAGACUCAGGCCCACGUGUCCCGGAUCCUGAUCGAUCCUAAGACCAAGCACGCCACUGGAGUGGAGUACAUGUCGACCAGGACUGGAUUCGUAAAAGUGGCCCUUGCCAGGAAGGAAGUGAUCCUGUCGGCCGGCGCGCUCAAUUCCCCGAAGAUCCUCAUGCUGUCGGGUGUGGGUCCUGCGAAGGAACUGAAGAGUCACGGGAUCCAGGUCAUCUACGAUUCUGCCGUUGGGCACAAUCUUCAGGAUCACGUGACCAUGGACGGAUUCGUUAUCGCACUGACGAACAAGACGGCCACCGCCAAGAACAACGAGGGAAAGUUAAAGGACCUCAAGUACUACGAGCAGACCCACAUGGGUCCCUUGUCCGCGACUGGGUCCUUGUCCUGCGGUGUCUUUGCGCAAACUUUGUACCAGCAUGGGUUCGACAAGCCUGACAUACAGUACGCCUUCGACGCGAGCAACAUCAAGGACUUCUUGACUGAUCCUGCCGAGUUUGGCGAAACUGCCGUGGAGCCACUGGCGUAUUAUGACGCGAUCAACAUAAGACCCAUUCUGUUGAGUCCCAAGAGCAGGGGCUACCUCAAGCUGAACGAUACCGAUCCAGUCUGGGGUCAGCCGUUGAUCUACCCGAAAUACUUCACGGCUUACCCCGAUCUGGACGCCAUGGUAGCUGGAAUACAAAUAGCCCAGCGUCUAUUUGAUACCAGGUCCUUCAAGGAACACGGAUUUCAAUUGAUAGACGCGCCCCUUCCGGCUUGCCAAAAAUUCAAGUUCGGGACCCACGAGUAUUGGGAAUGCGUCCUGAUGGAAUAUACCGGGACCAUUUAUCACCCGGUUGGGACUUGCAAAAUGGGACCCAAGGAAGACCCCCAGGCGGUGGUGGAUCCUAAAUUGAGGGUCUACGGCGUCAAGGCACUCAGGGUCGUGGACGCGUCGAUUAUGCCAAUCAUAGUCAGAGGAAACACCAACGCGCCGACGAUCAUGAUCGCUGAAAAAGCCAGCGACAUGAUCAAGGAUCACUGGUUACACGAAUGAUCUGGACCUUGUGGUUCGCUUUAUUCAUUCUUCCACCAUUGACCAUUCUUCGACGUGUCUUUCGUUGAAGCGAUUAUGAGACAGAGUCACGAUUUUGGGAUAUCGAUUUUUCGGAUUGGUUAAAAUUUUUUACGGGAUCGAAUUCAAGUUGCCAUUAAAAGAAUUGUCCAUUCUUUUAGGGAUUUUGGGAAACGGUCAAUCAACCAACUGUGUCAUAGACAUUAUACGUAGACAGUAAUUUUAAUGAAACGUGUAGUGGCUGCUUGAUGGGAAUUAUACACCUGCAGUAGGUACACGCCGCCAUUCUACCACUCCAAUGAUUAAACGCACGUGACAGAGCCAUGUAUAUAGUAUAAAUAUGUCGAAUUUUAACCAUUUUCGAAAUCGAUAUUCGCUCCAAUCUCUCGCCUUUCCAUUUAUUCAGAAUUUUGACAUGCGUGAAUUGCCAUGCAACAAAACAAUCUGCUACUCGUAUAAUCAACUGUCAACGAGUCUCGUGAAAAUCUCGAUUUUACUCGCAAGAUCAAACGCACGUAUUUCUGAUUCUAGUGUUAUCUUUCAUGCAGUCCUAAGAUUCUGUAAGACGGUAGAUAUCGAAGCAACAGGUUGUUGCGCCUAACUAUAAUCUUAUUGAAACGUAAAGUUAUAUUGUUAAUUAUCAUUUGUUAUCAAAUACACUUCUUCUUCUUGUGUAUCACGUAUACGUUAUAUAAUUUUUAUUUCGCGUACCGUCUUCAACACAACAAAUGAUGACAAAUAAUUUAAGAUACAAAAUUUAAGAAAUUGCUUUUGACAUACAUCGAUCUGAUCCGUGUUGCAAUAGAGUCAACUGCCAUAACCGAGUAAGUCGAUGUAGUUAAUGAUUAAUCAAAAAAAAAAACAAAUUACCCACUGACACGUGGCCUGUGGCUAUAAAAACUGGACAUAAAAGUAGGGAGAAGCCGCGAUGACACCGUGACUUUUAACAACAACGAGAAGCUAAUGACGUAUUUAUAAAAAAAAAAAACACCUAUAUAUUACGUCACAGCAGGCUGCAUCGUCAUUUUGUUUCUCCUAUGCAAGACGUUCGGAGCGAUUGAAAUUUUGCAAAUUAGCACUCGUAUCGAAAUUUUGUAUAGUCACGAAUUCCCAUCCUUAAGUAAUCGUGAAGACGAUUUUCUAUCUGUUACCGCGUUAACGCAACUUUUGGACCUCAAAGUCUCUCGAGACUUUCUAUAACAAUGUCCUAACGUUGAGGUAGAAGAGGAGCAUGAAAUUUCUACGUGUUCGAGCUCUUGUGAUAUAUAGUCAAUGAAAGUAAAAUUGAUUUUACGAAGUUUACUCAAAAGUAAAAAAAAUUGCCAAAAUUACAACCACGUGCAAUUGACUGGAUACUGACUAAGCAAUUGGUUUCCCCACUGGAACUCAUUCUUGAAAAUUGAAAUACACACAACCGGGUACACCGCAAACCUGAGCCUGAAACUGGUUCCAUCAUGAAAUAACUAUUACACACGUUGACACAACGUUAGAAAGCAAAUCUAACGCUUCUGGUCUGGUCUCUAAGAAAGAAUCUGCAAACGUCAAACGUUUAGAGAGACUCGACCACGAGCACGUGGGAAGGACUCCCCAUGGGACAGAAGGGACGACCGGGGGAGGAUUGAAAUCCGAACGUUCACAUACGCGCACGUGCGCACGCUCGAGGCAAAGUCAAAUUCGUAGUAGACGAAAAUCACCUGAGAAAUGUGAAUUUCAAAAUUUCUGGAAAGUCAGCGAGUCGACCAGAAAGUAUUGUCGAGUGUAAUUUCUUAAUUUUGCCUAAAUGCGAAAACCCAUUACCGAUGACUUUAAGGACAAUAAAAAUUUUAUUCAAUGACGACGACGAGUAAGAAAAAUUUUUUCUUUUGGAAAUUCGACUGAUUCUCAUUAAAGUAUCGUUUUUUAACUUACGUUACUGUUUUCCGCUAUAUCGACACCUGAGCAACAUUUAAAGAUCCCUGUACGUUUGGACUCGCGCCAUUUUGAAGAUGCAGAAUUUUAAUUUGACAAUUUUUCUCGAAUUCGCAUGCCUGUUUUUCGCGAUACUCGUUCUUGGCUGCUCCAAUGGAAAUUCUUGUGUACGUGCUCAUCGGCACGUGCAGAUACAGAUAUAUUUGGCCACGUGAAAACGCAUCCCUCGGGCUCAAGGCGAACUCUCGCUGAGACAAGUCUUUCUCCUGCAGAGAGUGCUGCCGUCGCGAGUGCUUUAUACGUUAAACCUAAGUGCGAGUUCUCAGUCUUACGCUUUCACCUGCUGCGCCAGUUCGUGACCAGUGCGAUCGCACUGAGCGACCGUCUAUCACUUGACUUCGCCUCAACUCUAAUUGACUCUUUAAAGCAUGCAAAUCGAUUUCUGGUCCACGCGAAAGUUGACAAACAUGUCCGGUUGAAUGAAUAGAGGAUCUUCGGACUUUCAUUCAUUUGUUGCAAAUAUUCCAUUGGCAAUCUUCAGCUGCCGUAGUGGAUAACAGCAAAUCUUAAUGGGACUGUUAUACAACUGACCACCAAGAUUGCACGACGAGUCUCUGAUAAGGAUAUUACGUAAGAGAGGAAUAUACGAAGCAUCCGUUUUGCUGGAGAAAUUUUAUCAAUGGUCUUGACGUCACUACGAUGAAACUCCACAGGGUUAACAGUUUUCGAGGGAAAAGUAAUAAUUUAAUUACCUGAAACUUCAAAAUAAUAAAAGCUCGGGUAAAGCUCGUCUAAGUUCCCGUACAAUAAACAGUUCGUUAAAAGUGUUCGUAAAAAUGAUGAAUGACUGAAGAAAAUAAAAUCGCUGCCCGAGAUGUUCCUUGUAAGUCGACGUAGUGAAGUCUGUGCUUGACCAAAGAGUAUUUUUCGCAUAAGGAAAAAAAAAAAAAAUUGGAUAGCAAUUAUUUAAAUAUCGUGAAGUUUGUGAGUAAAUAAACAAAAAAAAUUUGAUGAAAACUCAA